AGUAGCAGGGUGUUUGUGUUUGUGUGAAUUGUUGCGGGAUUCUUUGAUUAUUCAGCCACUACUUUAAUUAUUUGGCAUGGCGCUUGUUAAAAGAGAGAAAACAUACUCAUGGGAUGUUACCAGUUCUAAAAAUACUCGUUUCAAGCUUCCUGAAAUCAAAGAUACCCCAACAAUCAAUUAUGAAAAGUUGGCAUGGCUUUGCAGUAUCGAAGGAUUGAAAAACAAUGAAAAUCCUAUGACUUCACCUGAAGCUCACGAAGUAUUUAUGAAGAAUUAUAAGAACAUAUUUGUGAAGCCUCAGAAACGAAUUGGAUUACCUGUGCAUUCAGAGAAAAGAGAAGAACUAAAACAUUCUUUGGCAACUUUGAGUACCAAAGCUGUAGGCCCAAGUCAAAAGGCUGAAACGCAUGUUGCAUCAUCUAAAGGUGGAUCUGCUAAAAAUAGAUCGCAUAAUAUUGGUGAUUAUCUCACACAAUAUCACACGGCAAGAACAAGCGAAGAUCCAUCUGUGAUACGAGCCAACAACAUCAAAACUCUGCGCCGACUGCUGCGAAAACUUCCAUUUGAGAGAAGUCUUUUCGAUAACGACAGGAUAUUUUCCAUUCUAAAGAACUUUCCCUUCUUUGCUCAGUGUGUUCCUGCAAAUGUGCUCAAAGAACUCUGUGUUAUAGCUCAGAUAGAAAUCUGGAAUGAGGUGGAUUUUACAGUGUUUGGAAUCAACGGCCUGUUCAUGGUGUUGAAAGGAGCAGUUUGUCCCCAGUCAUCUCCGUACCUCAACUACUCCAACAUGGCGAACGUAGACCAGGUGUCACCAACAUCACUGUACCGGUCGCCAACACCAGAGGGAGACGAAUCUGCUGAAAACCUGGAGGUUGGAGAAUGCUUUGGAACCUUGCAGAAGAUAGAAGGCAGAGAGCCGACUAGCGGACUGUUCUGUGUAAAGACUGUAGAACCAGUCUGUGAAUUUUUGAAGAUAUCUACCUCGGAUUAUAAGAAGGUUAUUGAGCAAAUAGAACAGAAUGAGCAUACAGAGAAACUGAAUCUGGUUCUGUCAGGAGAGCAGUACGCCAGGUGGCCGAGACAGCCAAUCAUGCAGGUCGCUAACGUCAUAGAGUGGAUAGAAUACCCUCCCAACACAGUGGUGGCGUCAGAAGGUUAUAAAGCUCCAUUCAUUGGCUUCAUAAAGUCCGGAGAGUGUCACGUGUUGAGGCAGUUGGAAGUCAUGCACACUCUACGCAAUGGAAAAAGGGUACGUAAGACCAAGCAGGUGGUCAUGGGAAAACUGGGCAUGUCAGAUUCGUUUGCAGAAAUUAGUGUUUUAAUGGAUGAACCGAUCUCAUGCUCCAUCGUCACGGCAACCAGUCUACAACUGGGCAUAAUUAAACCAGAGAAAAUUAAAGAACUAGAUGAAGUAACGAUACAAUUGUUCAAACAGUCAAACACAAAAUCAUGUGCAAAUUCAACAAAGGAAGAUAUCCAAGAAGAAUACCUGCAGCAGGAACUGAAGAGAGAGUGGAACGAGUUCAAACACAACGUUGUCAUCGACGUCAUCAACCAGCGUGGAAUUAGACCCGGCUACGGGAAGUGGUCGAAAUAGACUGGUUCAGGCUAACAUGCUGGACUCCACAAAUUGUGUCAAUGAUCGUUUCAUUUGUGCAUUGGUUAUACAAUUUUAUUUAGCACAACUACAUGAAUGAUUGUUUCAUUUGUGCAUUGGUCAUAUAGUUUUAUUGAGCAUAACCGAUUUACCAUUUGUGUAAAAUUUCCUGACAUCAUCAACCAGCGUGGAAUUAGACGUGGUUACAGGAAGUGGUCUAAAUAGACUGGUUCAGGGCAACAUGCAGGCCUCCACAAAUUGCAUGGAUGAUCAUUUCGUUUGUGCACUGGUUAUACAGUUUUAUUUAGCCUAACUGAAUUACCGUUUGUGAAAAAUUUGCUAAUUGAUCACUCAUAGCAGUGCAUGUUAAUUUUGAUUUGCAAUUACAGUGUUUACAGUUUGAAAGUCGAUGGUGAUCUCACAGAUCUGUGGGUGUGUAUGCACAUCCAGUGCACCGUCACUGGAUAUGGGCCUGACAGCAUAUAACAUUUUAGAUCUAGACGUAACAAGAACCUUGAUAUGGUAGAACAAAGAUCUUAAUAUUUGUUUCAGUCUGUAUUAUCAAUGAAAAACUUGUUAACUUUUUUAGUGAGGAUUAUAAUAUUGCAGGAUUCAGAGCAAAUCUGAUCUAUGAAAUACAAGGCUAUUGUUUGUUGUUUUUAACAAAAUUGACUUGUUAUGCUUUUCUCUAAUCUUGGUAUUUUCCCUUAUCAAUACAAAUUGUAAAUGAUAUUGUAAAU